UAUAUACAGAUUAUUGGGAAGCACAUAACACUACUUUUCUACUGAAACACAAACCAUCAAAAGUUGCACGUAAAUAAUCACAACAUGGCAACUACGUCAUCCGCGUUUUCAAAUCAUAAGUUCCAGAUCAAACUAUUGUUCAUUCUGACGUUAAACCUCUUUUUUCUUCAUACUUCAGUGUUUGCAAAUUCAUCAAAAUUCUCCAAAUUCUCAAGACACCCUAAUUCCGAGUCAUCAUCAAGAAGAACCAAACAUUCAACUUCUGACGAUGGGUUUCUACACUCAGUCCAACUCAGCUUGGACCACGCUCUCUUAGCUCACUCCCUCGCCUUAAGCCUCACGCUCUCGCACCGUACAGCUCAACCAGUCAUACUCGAUCCGGUCAACGACUGUCUUGAGCUGCUAGACGACACAAUCGACAUGUUGUCUCGCAUCGUCACCAAGCCUAAAGAUCACGUCAAUGAUGAUGAUGUCCAUACUUGGCUAAGCGCAGCGUUGACUAAUCAAGAGACUUGUAAACAAAGCCUCAGUGAGAAAACAAGCCUCAACAGAGACGGAAUCACGAUAGAUUCCGUCGCAAGAAACCUCACCGGUUUACUCACCAAAUCGCUAGACAUGUUCGUUUCCACGUCUAGACCUGAAACUGGUGGCCGGAAACUACUGUCCCGUCAGGAUUUUCCCACGUGGGUUUCAUCUUCGGACCGGAGGCUUUUAGAAGCUUCGGUGGAAGAGCUGAGACCGCACGCGGUGGUGGCCGCCGACGGGAGCGGGACACACAUGAGCAUAGGGGAAGCGUUGGCGUCUUUGGAGAAGGGGAGUGGCAGAAGCGUAAUUCACUUAACCGCUGGAACGUAUAAAGAGAAUCUCAAUAUUCCGAGCAAACAGAAGAACGUCAUGCUUGUUGGUGACGGAAAGGGCAAGACAGUCAUUGUCGGUAGCAGAAGUAACAGAGGCGGGUAUGAUACUUACAAAAGCGCUACUGUCGCCGCCAUGGGUGACGGAUUCAUAGCUCGGGACAUAACAAUCGUGAACAGCGCCGGACCAAACGCGGAGCAAGCGGUAGCAUUACGGGUCGGGUCUGACAGGUCCGUUGUAUACCGAUGCUCCAUCGACGGGUACCAAGACACACUCUACACUCUCUCCAAACGACAAUUCUAUCGAGAAACCGACAUCUACGGCACCGUCGACUUCAUCUUCGGAAACUCCGCCGUCCUGCUCCAAAGCUGCAACAUCGUAUCCCGAAAAGGCUCCUCCGAUGAGAACUACGUCACGGCCCAAGGACGGUCCGACCCGAAUCAGAAUACCGGAAUUUCGAUUCAUAAUUGCAGAAUUACCGGUUCGACCGGGACUUAUUUGGGUCGACCGUGGAAGCAGUACUCGAGGACAGUUGUGAUGCAAUCAUUUUUGGAUGGUUCGAUUCAUCCUUCGGGUUGGUCUCCUUGGCCGAGUAGUAAUUCUCUGAAGAGUCUGUUUUACGGAGAGUUUGGUAAUUCGGGUCCUGGGUCUUCGGUUUCGGGUCGGGUUGAUUGGCCUGGCUACCACCCUGCGUUGACGUUGACUGAAGCUCAAGGGUUUACUGUUUCUGGUUUCAUUGACGGAAGUUCAUGGUUGCCGUCAACCGGUGUUGUCUUCGACUCUGGGCUUUUAUAAUUCAAAGUGAUUUUAUUUAAUUUUAUUCUCAUAUGUUACCCUUAUACUGAUUACUAAUUAAUCAGCAAUGAUAUAGUACCAAAAAAAUUGUGAUUUAUCAAAUGUUUUGUGUUUGGAUUUAUACUAUUGUAUUUGUAAUUUAUCUUGCCGUGAAUAAAGUUUUGAAAAUGGCAUUGUAAUA